AGGCUGAGAGAGGCGACGGGGCCGCCCGCGCGGGGUCUGCGGCGGCGGAGGCGGUGGCAACAACCCGGCCCGGCCCGGCCCCGCUCGGCCCAGCCCGGCACAACGGAGCGCGGAGGCGGGAGGAGAGGCAGCCCCGCACCUCCUGAAAAUCACGCAGAAAGAAAUCUCUCAAGAUUGAGUAUUUUUGAGUAAAGAAAAGAUAAAAUGGCGUCAAUGUUGCUCAGUCGACAGCUGACCUGCUGUCUGCAGCAUAACUCCAGGCUGCUUGUAUUUGGACACAGAUAUAUCAGUCAAAGCUGCAGCUAAAAUUGAUGUGGAUUUUGAUUUAUGAUGGACCACUAAUGAAGACAGAAGUUCCUGGACCAAAGAUCUAGAGAAUUAAUGAAGCAAUUGAAUGGAAUUCAGAAUGCAGAAGGUGUACACUUCUUUUGCAAUUAUGAAGAGAGCCGAGGGAACUACCUUGUAGAUGUAGAUGGCAAUCGCAUGCUGGAUCUCUACUCUCAGAUUUCAUCCAUCCCAAUAGGUUACAGCCAUCCCUCCCUGAUAAAACUUCUGCAGCAGCCACAGAACUUGAGCACUUUUAUCAACAGACCUGCCCUAGGGAUUUUACCUCCUGAGAACUUUGCAGAUAAGCUGAAGGAAUCUUUGUUAUCAGUAGCUCCUAAGGGCCUGUCACAGGUGGUGACCAUGUCUUGCGGAUCCUGCUCCAAUGAAAAUGCCUUUAAAGCAAUAUUUAUGUGGUACAGAAACAAGGAGAGAGGCCAUAAUAACGUCACAAAAGAGGAACUGGAAUCUUGCAUGAUUAACCAGCCCCCCGGCUGCCCUGACUACGCCAUGCUCUCCUUCAUGGGCGGCUUCCACGGAAGGACCAUGGGUUGCUUAGCUACAACUCACUCUAAAGCAAUUCACAAGUUGGACAUUCCAUCGCUGGACUGGCCUAUUGCUCCAUUUCCAAGGCUAAAGUAUCCUCUGGAAGACUUUGUGAAAGAGAAUCAACAGGAAGAAGCCCGUUGUUUAGAGGAGGUGGAAGACCUGAUUGUGAAGUACAGGAAAAAGAAGAAGAUUGUGGCUGGAAUUAUUGUAGAACCAAUACAGUCAGAGGGUGGGGACAAUCAUGCUUCAGAUGACUUCUUCAGAAAGCUACGAGAUAUUGCCAGAAAGCAUGGCUGUGCGUUCUUGGUGGAUGAGGUGCAGACAGGAGGUGGCUGCACAGGAAAAUUCUGGGCACAUGAACACUGGGGCCUGGAUGACCCAGCUGAUGUGGUAACGUUCAGUAAGAAGAUGAUGACAGGAGGAUUUUUCUCCAAAGAAGAGUUCAGGCCAAAUGCUCCCUUUCGGAUUUUUAAUACCUGGCUUGGAGACCCAUCCAAGAACCUGAUGCUUGCUGAGGUCAUUAAGGUUAUUAAAACAGAAGACCUUCUAAACAAUGCAACCCACGCUGGGAAGGCACUACUGACCGGGCUGUUGGAUUUACAGGCUCGUUAUCCCCACCUUAUCAGCAGAGUGAGAGGAAGAGGAACAUUCUGUUCGUUUGACACUCCAAAUGAUGCGACUAGAAACAAGUUAAUUACAAUAGCCAGAAACAAAGGUGUUGUGCUGGGAGGCUGUGGUGACAGAUCAAUUCGCUUUCGUCCAACGCUGAUCUUCAAGGAUCAUCAUGCACACCUCUUUCUGAACAUUUUCAGUGACAUCUUAGCAAACUUCAAGUAAAAAGGAGUUCCCUCACACUGAACAGCUGAUUAUGAAAUUAGUUUGCAUUAAUUCAUGUCUUCUCUACUUACAAGAUUAGUGUAAAGUCAUAAACUAAAGUUUGUGUUCUGUCUGUAAUCCUGCCCAAGGCAAGCUGCUCCAUGCAAAUUCAACCCAGGCAGAGCAUUGGUACCAGCAGGUUCAUGCUGCUGUCCCACACUGUGCAUUGGUAGAAGCUAUGGCCCUCCAUCUUCUGGCUUGGGUUCUUUAAUUGCAGAGUCCUCUCUACAUGCAUGGUCCUGACUAUCUGGUUGUCCAAAUAUAAACUGGUACAGCCCCUGUUCACAGGUAAUCCCAGUAGAUAGAUAUACUCUUGCAUCUAGAGACAGCAACAUGUAUGGCACGACACUCAAGAGCCACACGCCUGCCAUACAGAAAGUGCCAUUCUUUCAUGGUAGCUUGAAAAUAAGAGGAGUUUCAAGGAAAGCUCUGCUUUCCAACACUGCCAACUACGGUAUUUUUAGAGAAUAAUUUCCAGCUUCAUCUCCCUGAAUACAGACAUCUGCCACUCCCACUGGAUUAAGAACCAUCAGCUAUACAUUCCCAGGCUCCAGCCUGCUCAUACUGCUUCAGAGGCACUAGUGCACUCAGCCACACGUGCAGCACUGUAUGUGGAACUGAUGUACUUUUUUUCCUCAUCCUGGAUUUUAACACUUUUGACUUCUCUUACAAUCAGACUUGUACAAUGAAAACUAUACCCUUAAGUAUGUAAUUUUACAAAUCUUACUAAAUCAUGUGAAGCACAUUAUUUCAAUCUUUCAGCAACCUAGAAUGAUUUGAGAUUAUUUUACCAUUUUCCCCUAACACUGUAGCCAUGAAUUUAUCUAUUAAGGCUCUACAUGACUACUUGAGAUAUUUUGUACAACUACAGCAGAACUGCUUGACCUUAGCUGUUACCUGACAUCAGAAACACUACAGUGAAGGCCUAGUCCUAAUUGCACAUUUAUAAUGCAAAGUAAUUCUAUUUUAGUUCUACUAGUUAAGUCUUAGUCAUUUAUACUUCAGAGAUCUUUUAGUAAGCCACAGCAUCAGAAAGUGCCAACAGUUCGUUAAUUUGUUUCCCUUAGAGAAUUGUUUUGGGUGUCUCUUUACUAUGUACUCUACUGUUUGCUUGAGGCUGACUUGAACUGGGUCUCCUGCCCUUUUUUCCUUGGCUACCAAGAAUCUGGAUUUUGUUUAUAAAGUUUAACUCUAUUGUGCACCAAAAAACAGGGACCACAGUGGACUUUCCUGUUGCCCUAUUAGGAUCUGACCACAGUUUUAAAGUACCCAGUAAGAGAGCAGUUAAAAGAUUUACGUGUUUAUUAAAACCACCAAAAUGUACAAGUUCUCUUACCUGCUUUGAGAAGUGUUAAUCAUGGUUUGUCCAUUUUGUUUUCUGAAUGCUGGUACUGGGAAACUCAAGUACACUCAAUUCUAGCUUAAAAAGAGAUUUCUGGAAACCUCUGCAGAAACCAGUAUUCUGAUACCAUCUGGUCCAAAUCUGAGCAGGUUUUUGAACAGAGGUUGUAGAAAUCUAGAGGAAGGACUGGUGAAUUGGUGUUGAAGAAAAACCUCAUUGUCAUCACUGUCCUCAUAAGCCUAUUAUCAACAAGUGGAAAGUCACAACAAGAACUGUAUUUUACAGCAUUUUGAGAAUUAGUCUGUUCAACAUAUCAGUGCAGUAGUUUUAGUAAAUGUCUCUAGCAAGUCUUGUACUUUUACAGAAGCAAAGGUCCAGUAUUACCACAUGGUCACUUUUAUUAUGAAUACUCUAGAUGUUUUUAUAAUUUUUACUGACACUCAGUAACUGUAAUUGUGUACAUGUUGAUGAAAUCAUGUUAGAGAGUACAUAGAAAGCACUGCAGCUGAAGCAUAUAAAGUUAAUAUUGUUUACAGCAUACUGUGGACAGUGCCAAAUAAAUGUUUAAACAAAUACUUAACUACACUUCAUGGUGUAACUAGUAACUGUACACAGAUUCAUUAAAAAUGACAUCUCAUGUAAUCAAUAUUCUUAAAUAAAAUAUUUAUAAUUGAA